AUAGAAGAUGUUGUCAUUAGUGGUGUUUCAUGUCGACUUCCAGAAUCUGACAGUAUUGAAGAAUUCAAACAGCAUUUAAUAAAUAAAGAUGACAUGGUGACAGAUGAUGCAAGAAGAUGGCCAAAAGGACUUCAUGGCUUACCUGCAAGAAUGGGAAAACUAAAGGAUAUAACCAAGUUUGAUGCAGAAUUCUUUAAUAUUCAUCCAAAACAGGCUAACAGUAUGGACCCUCAAUUAAGAUUGCUGUUUGAAGUAACCUAUGAAUCUAUCACAGAUGCUGGUGUAAAUCCAGACAGUUUGAGAGGAUCAAGAACUGGUGUUUUUAUUGGUUGCAGUCUAUCAGAGUCACAUGAUGCUUGGUCUUCUGACCCAGAAAAAACUCUUGGUUACCAUUUGAUAGGAUGUCAUCGGACAAUGUUUGCUAAUAGACUCUCCUUUUUCUUUGAUUUCAAAGGUCCAAGUCUCAGUGUAGACACUGCCUGCUCUUCUAGUUUAACGGCCAUGGAUCAAGCUUUUCACAGCAUUAGACAAGGGCACUGUGAUGCAGCCAUUGUAGCUGGCUGCAAUUUGUGUCUUCGACCGACCACCUCGCUACAGUACAAUAAGCUUGGAAUGCUUUCAAAAGACGGCACUUGCAAAUCUUUUGAUGCAUCAGGUGAUGGGUACUGCAGAAGUCAAGGUGUUGUUGCUGUGUUUUUACAAAAACAAAAUGUAUCGAAGAGAAUAUAUUGUACUAUAUUACAUACUAGAUCAAACAAUGAUGGAAGGAAGGAAAAAGGAAUAACAUUUCCGUCUGGAACUGCACAGAAACAUUUAUUACAAAGUGUGUAUCGUGAUAUUUCUGUUAAUCCUGGCGCAGUAGAGUAUGUAGAGGCUCAUGGAACUGGUACGCAAGCUGGUGACACACAGGAACUUAAUAUUAUCUGCGAUAUUUUUUGUAAGGACCGUACAAGUCCUCUUCUGAUUGGCUCGAUUAAAUCAAACAUUGGUCACACAGAACCCGCAGCAGGUUUAGCAGCAGUCACAAAAUUGAUAAUUUGUAUGGAAAGUAAUCAGAUAACAGCAAAUCUACACUAUAUGAAACCAAGUCCUGAUAUCCCGGGACUUUCCAACGGUAAACUGAAAGUAGUCACAGAACACACAUAUUUUAACGGUGGAUUGGUUGCUGUGAACUCUUUUGGAUUUGGAGGUUCAAAUUCUCAUAUCGUUUUGCGACCUCAUCAAUGCAGUAAUAUAACAUCAUGUUACCUGUUAAAACGAUUAUUCGUCUAUAGUUCAAGGACAAAGAAGGGCUUAGACAGAGUUAUGGCCGCAGCCGAGGAACACAGCAGAAAUAUUCAUUUCCAUUCUUUACUAAAUGAAACUCGAAAUUGCAGUCAUAUCUAUAGAGGUUUUACUGUUCUAAAUGCAGAACAUCAGAUACAAGAAAUCCAAGCAGUAACAUGUAAGGAAAAUCGUCCAGUUUGGUUUGUAUUUUCUGGGAUGGAACAGAUGAUGGUCAUUCCAGCAUUUAGAGAGUCAAUAUUGAGAUCUGACACAGUGUUACAUCCAUAUGGUGUAGAACUUCAUAAUCUUUUGAUGAGAGGUUUAGAGAACGAUUUCAAGGAUACAUUAAAUUGUUUUAUUUGUAUCGCUGCAAUACAGGUAGCAUUGAUUGACCUCUUAUCUGUCACUGGUGUCAUGCCAGAUGGAAUUAUAGGUCAUUCAGUUGGAGAGCUGGCUUGUGGAUAUGCCGAUGGUUCCUUAACAGCAAAAGAAACUAUUCUAGCAGCUUUCUGGAGAGGCAAAUGUAUCCAAGAAGCAAAUUUACCACCAGGUGGCAUGGCUGCUGUUGGUUUGACAUGGGAAAAAGCUAUAGAAAUGUGUCCGCCAGGUGUAGUUCCUGCCUGUCAUAACUCCGAAGAUACAGUUACAAUUUCGGGUCCUGCAGCCUCUGUUACAAGAUUUGUAACAGAUCUUCAGAAGAAACAAAUCUUUGCAAAGAACGUCAAUAGUGCUGGUAUUGCUUUCCAUUCGAAUGAAAUGGCAAAAAUUGCACCAGCACUGAAAUCUACGUUGUCAAAUGUGAUCGUGCCAAAACCAAGAACUAAGAAAUGGAUAAGUUCGUCAAUUCCAGAGGACAAUUGGCACUUGGAUAUGGCUAAAUAUUCGUCCGCUGACUACCAUGUUAACAACUUAGUGAGCCCUGUUCUUUUUCAUGAAGCCUUAAAGCAUGUGCGUAACAAUGCUGUUGUCAUAGAAAUUGCACCUCAUUGUUUACUUCAAGCCAUACUUAAAAGAUCCCUUGGACCGAAGUGUACUUAUUUGGGGCUUAUGAAGAGAGAUCACCAAGAUAAUAUUGCAUAUUUCCUCACAAGCUUAGGAAAGUAUUGCUUCCUACAUGGAAUCAACUUGGAUCCUUUAAAGAUCUGUCAACCAAUUAAGUUUCCCGUGCCAAAAGAAACCCCAAUGAUAUCUUCUUUGGUAGAAUGGGAUCGUUCAGUGACAUGGGAUGUACCAAUUGCAGAAAACUUUUCUGCAGAGGCAUUAGGGUCAAAUAGUGGAUCCACACAUGAAAUUGAAAUGUCAAAUAAUUCACAAUACAGUUAUCUUAAUGGUCAUAGAAUUGAUGGACGCGUCUUGUUGCCUGCAACUGGUCUCCUUGUAUUAACAUGGAAGUCAUUUGCAAAGAUGAAAGGCAAGCUUUAUAAUGAAAUGCCUGUAAAAUUUGAGAAUGUGGCCAUCCAUUCGACAAUCAUAAUUCAGAAUGAAGGCAAAGUCAAGUUAAAAGUAAAUAUAAUGGAAUCAACAGGAACAUUUGAGAUCUCUGAAAAUGACACGCUGAAAUGCAGUGGUUCUAUAUCAGUUUUAUCUUCGCCUGUCAAAAAAGUCAAUAUGGACCAAAAAGAAAAAUUUCAACUGACCUCUACAGAUGUGUAUAAGGAAUUAAGACUUAGAGGAUAUGAGUACGGUGGGGAGUUUCGGGGCAUCCUUAACACUAAUAUAGAAGGUAGUAGAGGUGAAUUAGAAUGGAUUGAUAACUGGGUAUCUUACUUAGACACUAUGUUGCAAAUUUGGAUUUUAUGUACUGGAGAAAAUUGCUUGCGAUUACCCACAAGGAUUGCAGCUGUUUCGAUUGACCCACAAGCUCACAUAGAUCACCUUCGUCACACUAAAGAAAAACAAAAAUCAUCCUUUGUCAGAGUCGAACAAGAUCUCAACGUAGUGAUCUCUUCUGGUAUCGAAAUCUUAGGAUUUCAUUCAAAUAUGGCACCAAGACGUCAACAAACUUAUCCUGUCCUGGAAAAAUAUUGUUUUGUUCCUCACAAUUCAGAUGAAAUUGUAGGAAAUGAAAUAGUAAACUGUAUUGACAAUUGUCAUUUCUCUACGUUGUUCCUACUCCGUCUUAAACGAAAUAUAGUUGACGAAGAAAUUGUUAUUGUACCAGUUGAUGAGUUGAAUGGAUCUUGGUUUGAUGUUUUGAAAAACGAGUUCAUGGCAUCACAACAGAAAACCCUUUGGAUAACUGUGAAUUCUCAGCCACUAAGUGGUGUUAUUGGUAUGGUUAAUUGUCUAAGAAGGGAACCUGGUGGAAACAAACUGAGAUGUAUUUUCAACUAUGGAAAAACAGUUUUGGAUAUUUCAACAAAAAAUGAGGAAACUAAGCAGCUGAUUCGGAAGGACCUAGCGUUAAAUGUAUACAAAAAUGGACAAUGGGGGUCAUUCAAACAUUUACCAUUGACAAAAAGUAAGUUAUGUCAACAUGCUUAUGUCAAUAUUCAAACGAAGGGAGAUCUGUCAAGUUUGGCGUGGAUAGAAUCUCCUUUAACAAACUACUUAGAAAACAAAGGUAACCGACUGUGCAAUGUCCACUAUGGAUCACUUAAUUUCCGAGACGUUAUGUUAGCAACGGGGAGACUACACGCUGAUGCUAUUCCAGGAAAGCUAGCAGAGCAGGAUUGCAUUUUGGGAAUGGAAGUUUCAGGGUUAGAUGAUUUCGGAAAUAGAGUUAUGGGACUUGUUUCGUCAAAGGGUCUAGCAACAACUCUUUAUGUCGAUGAUAAGUUUUUGUGGUCAGUUCCAGACAACUGGUCUUUAGGGGAAGCAGCGACUGUCCCUGUAGUUUAUGCAACGGCAUAUUAUGCUUUAGUUGUAAGAGGAAGGAUAAAACCUAGAGAUCGAGUUCUUAUCCAUUCUGGAUCUGGAGGAGUUGGCCAAGCUGCUAUUUCUAUAGCCUUACAUUAUGGUUGUGAUGUUUAUACUACAGUUGGAUCAGAAGAUAAAAAGAUUUAUUUACAAAAGAGAUUUCCGCAAUUGAAUGAAAAGCACUUCAGUAAUUCUAGAUCAACAGAAUUUGAGUCUCAUAUAAUGAAAAUGACUGAGGGAAAAGGUGUUGAUUUGGUUCUGAAUUCGUUAUCUGAAGAAAAACUGCAUGCCAGUGUACGAAUAAUAGCUGAACAUGGCAGAUUCCUUGAAAUUGGAAAGUUUGAUCUAUCCAAAAAUACACCUUUAGGAAUGUCUAUAUUCCUAAAGAAUGUAAGUUUUCAUGGGAUCUUGUUGGAUGCGCUGUUUGAAGAGGAUAAUCAGGAUUGGAAAGAAGUUUCAGCAUUACUAACACAAGGCAUACAAUCAGGAACAGUGAGACCUCUAAAAUAUACAGAAUUUAACAACAACCAAGUAGAAGAUGCAUUCAGAUUUAUGGCACAAGGACAACAUAUUGGAAAAAUUCUAAUAAAAGUAGAUAUUUCGGAAGAUACCAGUAUUCCUACUAUUUUAGCAUUACCCAAGUCAUACUGUCACCCGAAAAAAUCCUACAUCAUAACAGGAGGUCUAGGAGGCAUGGGUUUAGAAAUAGGUCAUUGGCUGAUCAACAAAGGGGCUAAGAAUAUUGUCCUCACAUCAAGGUCAGGAAUCAAGAAUGGGUAUCAAACCAGGAUGAUACAGAAUUGGAGACGUAAAGGCAUCCAAGUUUCGAUAUCUUCUCAAGAUAUUGCAAAUGUAGAGUCAACAACUAGACUUAUUGCGGAAGCAGAAGACUUGGGACCUGUUGGAGGUGUCUUUCAUCUUGCUGUUGUAUUAAAAGACCAAUUGUUUGGGAACAUGUCAAAGGAUGAUUUUGAUGCUGUUUGCAGACCCAAAGUGAUUGGCACAAUUAAUUUAGAUAAGACAACAAGAAAGUCAUGUAAAGAAUGUUUGGAUUGGUUUGUUGUCUUCUCAUCUAUCGCAAGUGGGCGGGGGAAUGCUGGCCAGUCAAAUUAUGGAUUUGCAAAUUCUGUGAUGGAAAGAAUAUGCGAAGAUAGGAAAGAAAAUGGGUUUCCUGCAUUGGCUAUACAGUGGGGUCUGGUUGGGGAUGUUGGUAUAUUCUUGGAAAACAAGGGAACCAACGAAUCUGUAGUUGGUGGAACGUUACCUCAAAGGAUGAAAUCUUGUUUGAAUGUCUUAGAACAGUUCAUGAACCUGGAAUGCACAGUUGUAUCAAGCUAUGUGAUAUCAGAGAAGCGACAAAAAACUCACUCUGAUAGUGUCUCAAAAACCAGUGUUAUAGAAGCAGUGUGCCAUAUAUUGGGUAUCAAGGAUCCGUCAGCAAUUAAACCAGAAACCAAUUUAGUAGCUUUAGGAUUUGAUUCCUUAAUGGAUGUAGAAGUCCAACAAACACUUGAAAGAGAUUUUGAAAUCGCUUUGUCAAUGAAAGAAAUACGACACCUCACCUUUGCAAAUCUGAAGAAAAUGUCCUCAGAUAAAAUGACCAUGGCAAACUGAAAUCC